AUGGCCACUGCUGAAGUUAUUGGUAUAGUGAUAACAUUCAGUGUACUACUGGUACUCGUUUUUCUGGUUUUCUUCUUUGCUUUCUUAACAUCUCGCCUCAAUCAUUAUGAUCGCGAAGAACGCCUUUACCAGGAACGCCAACGGCAGCGGGAACGUGCGUUGACACGCGAAGAAGAACGUCUGCGAUUACGACAACAGUUACUAAAGCGUGCGGUGGAACGCCUUGUGGCUCGCGAUGUUGCGUGCGAAGGUGUCCCACUAGCAACGGAGGUAAAUGGAGUGGAGGUGUUGGCAGACUACCCACUGCGCAGUCAACGAACACGCUCACCUAAUGGUCCUGGACGUCCAAUGGUGCAACUCGAAAAUGGCACAGCAGUGACAGUAACGGAAUUUGUUGCAGAAGUGCGGGCAAAUGGACGGCCAGCAGAGGCAUUACCCGGGCCCACGUUACUACACAUGUUGCAUAAGAUCAACCGGCAGCUGAAAGAGCAACAGCAAAACGAAGAUGGAGGGGAGCGACGCAUUUCAGUAGUUGAAGUUGUGUAUGAGCAGCUUCAGCAGCUGGAUCAAGAAGAGGAGAAAGAGGCAGAAGAGAAGCAAAUUGCGGAGAGAGAGGCGAUACCCGAUGCGGAUGAAGUGUAUGGGAAGGGUCUGCCGUAUGUGUUGAACCCCGCCAAUGCGGAGAUUGUCUAUAUUCUGGAUAACCCGGAAGAGAAUCAGGAAGAGGAAGAGAGAGACUAUCAGCGUCACCAGGAGCGGCGGAGCAGCAUGAAGACACUGGAGUGGAUACUAACCCCACUGCUGAGACGCAGGAGUAGUGCGAGUUCUGAUAACCCUGAGAGGUCAGUUGACUGA